UGUUGUUGGGGUACACAACUUCGCUUCCUCUGGGCCAAUCACAAUCAAACAAUUUGAAAGACAUGGGAGGCAUGUGACCAAGCAAAUAACAAAAUAGAAUCAUCAAAUGUAUUACUGUUGGAUCUUCUUUUACGCACCGCUUCCUCUUCUCUCUCUCUCUCUCUCCCGCCUCUCUCUUUCUCCUUCUCUCUCUUCUCUGUGUCUCUUGCUGUUUUCUUCAUACCCAGCUCAGAGUCAUCUCACUCUAACUCAGCUGAUCAACUAAGGAAAUGGCGUCCAAGCAGCCAAUCGGCUACAAGUGUCGCAUAGCAGGCGUGCUGCUCCUGCUGUUGGCCAGCAUCGCCGCCCUCGUUGCUGUCGCUGUCAUCCAGGACACCUGGGCGUUUAAAGAGUACGGACUAGAGUACGGGAUAGUGAUAGAUUCGGGUUCAUCUCGGUCCAGUGUGUACCUCUACAAGUGGCCCGGGGAGAAGCAGAAUGAAACAGGAGUAGUGACGGAGAUACUGAACUGUAGAGUUGAUGGUGACGGUAUCUCCGAGAUGAAAGUUGAUCCUCAGAAAGAUGAAAAGUCAUGGACAGCAUUCCGAAAGUGCAUGGCCCAAAUCACCGUGGCCAUUCCCGCUGAAAAACACAAAACCACGCCCCUGUUUCUCGGAGCCACAGCCGGGAUGAGACUGCUGCAUCAGCUGGAUGAGCAGAGAUCCAAUGAAAUCCUGGCUAGUCUCCGAACAUACCUGAGCUCCCUGCCCUUCGACUUCCACAACGCCUCCAUCAUUGCGGGUCAAGAGGAAGGUCUAUAUGGGUGGAUCACUGUCAACUACCUCAUGGGAAACUUCCUUGAGAAAAACCUAUGGAACACCUAUGUGCAACCAGAGGGGGCAAAGACCGUUGGAUCCAUGGACCUCGGUGGAGCAUCGACCCAAAUCGCCUUCGCAGUCCAGGACGAUCUGGAAGGGCCGGACUACAUGCCCAUCAAACUCUACGGAUACCCUUACAAUGUCUACACUCAUAGUUUCCUCUGCUACGGCAAGAAUGAGGCUGAGAAGAGAGUUCUGGACAAAAUAGUACAGGAAUCACGCGACCCAGCAUACAUUCUGAACCCCUGCUACCCUGAAGGUUUCAACAUCACCGUUAAGGCCUCAUCCAUCUAUGAAACACAGUGCAUCGAGAAGCCAGCCAACUACAACCCAGACCAGGAUCUCUUCAUGGUGGGAGCCCCUGACUCAGACAAGUGCAGGAGCCUGGUGAAGUCAAUAUUUGAUUUCAAGACCUGCUCCUCAGCCCACUGUUCCUUCAACGGGGUUGAGCAGCCGCCAGUCACCGGAGAGUUCAUGGCGUACGCUGGAUUCUUCUACGUUAAGCGGGCUCUGCACCUGAAUGGCUCUGUAGAUUUUGAUCAGUUCCAGUCGUUGGUUAGGGAAUUCUGCCACACAAAUUGGACAGAGCUGAGAGAAGAAAAGAAGUGGAUCUCUGAGAGAUACUUGAAGUCUUACUGCCAAGGAGCUCACUACAUCUUCACUCUGCUGGCAGACGGUUACAAGUUUGACAAAGAGACAUGGAAAGGCAUCAGCUUUCAAAAGGAGGUGAAGGACACCAGCGUGGGUUGGAGUUUGGGCUACAUGCUGAGUAUGUCCAACAUGAUCCCAUCUGAAGUGAAACACAUCACACCUCUGACCAACCCUGUCUUUGCUGGCCUCAUCUUUUUAUUUUCAGCUCUGACCAUCGUGAUGGUUGUCAUAGUUUUCAUCUUCCUCAUUCGCACUUGCUACUGAGAGCGAAAGUUACAAAGGAAAUGAUCUGCCAUACAAAGCCUGGGGAAUGCUGUAAUCCCGUAGGUAACAGGAGAGUGUUAAAGCUACUUAGUCUGAGAUGUUUACUAAAAAUUUUAAUGCAGUUCAUUUUGUACCUCAGGGAAAAGUAUUGGGACCUUUUUCGAGCUCCACUAAAGGGUCAUAUUGUUUUAAAGCUAAAAGACCGACACAAUGCUCGCUUGACUCACAACUGAGCAUGCGGAUAUGUCUGUGUGCUCGAUGGCGUUUCACUUUGUGUAAUUUCAAAAUAGCAUAAUGUUAAAAUGAGACUGGUAUGUGCAUUCAACUUAGUGUGCUCACACGCACACACUGAUCCCUCAGGCAAGAAAGCAUGUCAAACUCCCUCUGGUAACAAAUUCGUUGUGUUCCUGUAUUAUACAUGUAAUUGCAUUCAAUGCAUUCGCUUUAUCUGUGAAACGGUAGCACUGCUGCAGCCUUACUGUUCUUAUUCUGACAGUCCUCCAUAUUUAUUGAAUGAAAUCCUCCCUAUAAAUAAUGGAAUGAAGGGGAAAUUUGCCCUUGUUUUCUUAUGGUCAUGCAAAUCAAAUAAAUUAAGUCAUAGCAUAUAAUACAUUCUAUUUCCAAAGAUUAAAAAGAUUUGAAUACAAGUGGAAAUUACAUUUCUGAGUUCGGGACAUUUAUUGCUAGAACAUUAAGUCUUUUCUCAAUAAAAAGAUGAUGUACUUAAAGCAACAUUGUUCACUGUUAAAUCUGAUUAAUUUCAAUAAUUCAAAUGUUUUAUGUCUAAUGUCAGUUACACUCUAUUCUGUUUACUCUGUAUAUAUUUGUGUUAUUUUUAUAUUUGUUUUGUUUGUGUUGUCCAUGUUUUUUAUAUUUCCACUUAUUUCCACUUAUUUAUCACCUGUCGUAUCCCCUUUUACCAUUGUUGGACUAAUAAAGGAAUAUCUUAUCUCAUCUAAAUGAUCGGUCUCAUCAGAAAAAGUUAAAUCAGUGGAUUAGUUUGAGAAAACUACACCUGUCUUGUGUAAUCUGGGCCUAUGUAAUAUAUCAUGUCAGUUUUUGUCUAUAUGUAGCCUUAUUGAUUGUAGAUUUAAAACAGAUAUUAUCAAAAAAAACAUAAACAAAUAAACUCAUAGGCGUUUACUCCACAGAGUAAAGUUAACAUCGGAGGCACCACAAGUCCGCUGCACAACUGGAAACAUGGCUCAGAGAUUAUUACAGUCACAGAACACCUGAGAUAUCAGCUCCGAUGAGGGAUCCAAGAAAAUGUUACUGUCUUGAUUCUUGUUCUUCUUGGUUUGUACCCACAUGGUUGAAUGCACUUAUUGUCAGUCUCUUUGGAUAAAAGCGUCAACUAAAUGAAAUGGAAUGGAAUGGAAUCCACAAAGCGAGGGAAAUCACAGAGGGAACAACAGAAAGAGGGGAAGGAGGUUAUAGGAAAGGGUUAAAUCAAUAAAAUCAUGGUAAUGAAUGACCAAGUAUGCAUGAAUGAAUAGAGUAGACUGUGAAAUGGAUACGAUAAAGUCAUUGUAAUAAUGCUUACAAAAAUAAGAAUCACGAUGAAUAACCCAAGAAGGGGAUUUCUUAACACUUAACAACAGUUUGAAAAGCUGAGCGAUUGUGAUGGCUUUUACUGUAUCGACUCCAGAUGUCAGAUCUCGAGAUGAGUCAGUUAGAGAAACCCUGGAACCCUGAAUCUGGAUGGUGAAAGGAUAAGCUGAGAGGGACCAGUUAUAUUUGAUGUGUGUAGAUGUGAAUCCAAAACCUAGGAAAAGGUAUUUGGCCAUCCUGUAAACAUUAAACUCGGUCUGGGAAAUAUUCAGUGAUGCUAUUGUCUGCGUACUGGAGAGUAGUUGUAGAGGAAGUACUCAAACAUUUUACAAUAAGUAAAAGUACAAAUAGACAGAAAUGUAAAGUAAAUGUAUCCCAUUGCAUUUUCUACUUGAGUAAAAGUAAGUGCUUGCUUUCAAAUGCACCGUGAGCAUUACAAAUACAUUUACUUGCCUCAACUCUAAUGCAACAGAGUAAUACUUCAUUAACUGUGUCUACUGUAUAAUUGGUUAAUACAAAAAUUAUACAGACUCUGUCAUAUUAACAAGGAAUGCUGCACAUGAUGCUGCUGAAAACACAUUGUGAUAUUAAUUAAUGGCAAAGUCUCAGCAGUGGCCUCCUCUGAAUCGACUUCAGGAGUUUCUUCUUCACCAUGCUGCUGCUAGAGGAGGCGGAGUCUAAUGUUACCUGCCCGCUCGGUUUGGACUUGAAUUCCACUGUGAAUUUGUGAGCAUAUAAUGCAUGCAAAACUGUAGUGGAAUAGAAAGUACAGAUAUUUGAUGAUAUGUGUUUUGGAGGGAAAGUGAAACGUUUGUUACAUCCCCCAACUGCUAGAGAGUAGAAGUACAAUACUCAUACAAUGUGCUCACUGCACUGGGACUGUCUUUAUAAUUCAACCCUUCAUUCACAACAGGGCCCUCUAGUGGUGAAGUCUUGCAUCUGCCAAAAACACAAGAUGAGUAUGGGCUGUUUAAAACAGUUUUUUUAUUGAAAGAUUUGUCUAGAAAGAAAAGAAAAAAGAAGACAUUUUGAACUACAGCAAUAUCCACUGGUUCUACAGACACUCUCAGAAUCACAAUUUGAAAGAGAUGGGAGGCAUGUGACCAAGCAAAUAAAAAAAUAGCAUCAUCAAAGUUAUUUCUGUUGCAUCUUCUUUUUCACAUCUGUACAAAAAAGAUCUCAUAAAUAUUACUUUUGUUCUUGCUUCCUCCUCUCUCUCUCUCUCUCUCUCUCUUUCUCUCUCUCUCUCUCUCUCUCUCUCUUUCUCUAUCUCUCGUCCUCUCUCUCUCUCUCUCUCUCUCUCUCCCUCUCUCUCCCUCUCUCUCUUCUUUCAAUAACUUACUUUCCAUUAGAGGUUUGUAUCGCUAGAUUUUGGUUGAACCUUUCGUUCUCCGUUCAUGUUUGCUCCUGUUUCUCUAGCUUCCUUUCAUUGGUGGAGGGUCAGGUGGAUGGGGCUUAACGGUUGUGACCCCGGAGCAAGUUCUUUUUAUUAUUUAAAAAAAAAAAAAUCUCAUCCAUUUCCCUCUUUUUCAGUACACCCCAUCGUCAA